AUGUUCAGCAGCUCGGAAGUGACGACAAAGGCCUACCGACAAGUGUCGAUCCCUUGCGACGUGCUGAAUUCUUGGAUGAACGCUACGUCGUCGUCGUCGUCGUCGUCGUCGACGAUGCUGCUGCCGCCGUCAGCAUCAGGAGACCUUCAUCAUCGUCGGUCGUCUCUCUCGCCCACCCAAGUCCAGUCCGUGCAGUGGUGGUGCAGCAAAUGCGUGUCCCCGGAGCUGCUGUCGCUGCAAGACUCGUCAGCGUCACUGUCGCCCAGUGGACACCACAAAAUCGCAGAGACGCGUCUCCACAACUCGGCGACGUCGUCGUCGUCGUCGUCGUCGUCGACAGCGUCGGGCUCCUACUCGGACCGCAUCCGCAUCUUGCCCGGGGAACUGAGUCUGUCCCUGAACCCGGUGCUGCUGCAGGACUCUGGGGAAUAUUACUGCGUGGUCGUGAUGCAGGCCAAUAAUGCCAAUGCCGUCAAGGGGUCGGGGGUGCAGUUGAGGGUGCAGGACGUGCCUGGCACCCCGGGCCGACCCCUGGUCAUGGAGUCGUCGUCGAGGUCGGCCAACUUGUCCUGGGCGGCGCCCGCGAGCAACGGCAACAGCCAGAUCCUCAAGUACAUCAUCUUCAUCAGGGAGUUGCAGAUGGGCGGCGGUGGGACGACGGCGUCCUCGGCGGCGUUCAAGGAGGACGAGUCCGUCGUCGUGCCUGCGCAUGGCGGCAAAGAAGAGUCUUUCCAGGUUGGAGGACUGCGUCCAUUCACAGUCUACUCGUUCCGAGUGGCAGCCAGCAACAGCCUCGGGGACUCUGCCGCGUCAGAGCCGUCGUUCGAGACAGUGACGUUGCGGGAAGUGCCCAGCGGGAAACCCGUCAUCACGGCAGCCCAGAACACCAGUGCCACGUCCGUCCGUGUCGACUGGGCCCCGCCGACACCGGAUUCCCUGCACGGGGAGUUCCUGGGCUACAGGCUGAGCUACAAGCCUCGCGACGCCGCUGGCAACUGGCCCGUGUCGUCGGAGGCGAGGACUGUCGAGAUCCCGAGUCCCAACACCACGGCAACCGCCUUCACAGCUGCCACAUUCUCAUCCCAAUUGGUGGCUGUGAAGAAAGCUGUUGAUGAAAAUGGUUUGGAAGACCUGAAGGCAACCCUUGGAAUUUAUGACACAUUGAUUUCAAGAAUUCUGAAGGGAAAGCUGGGCUACAAUAACAGCAAAAUCUGCAGAAAGGGCGCCUCAUCUUUUGAGCGGAGAAGUUUUACAAUUCGGAACUUGCUUCCGUAUACUCAAUACUUGGUGUCACUGGAAGUGUUCAAUCCGGAAGGUGUGGGUCCUCCAACGACUGUUAUGGUCAUGACUGACGAAGGAGUGCCUUCGAAACCUCGGAAUGUGCUGGUGGUGAAGGAAACUUCCGACUCAGUUAAACUGUCCUGGCAACCCCCGGAAACUCCAAAUGGGGAACUUCGUGGAUACAGACUCUAUUUCAUGCGGGACAACUUCACAGACGUCAGAUCGAUUCACAAUACUUCUUCUGCUGCUAAAUCAGUGGAUUAUGUUUUGGAUCGUCUGCAGCCGUCGUCCAAAUACAAAGUGUGGCUGAAGGCGUUCACGUACAAAAACGAAGGCGAUCCUUCGGACGCAGUUUGGGUCCACACUUCCGCUCCGGUUCCGGGGCAGCGUGCGGGCGGCGUGGGGUCCCUGGGGGAAGAACCGGACGUGGACCCGGGCUCGAACCGCAAACACCUGCAGCAACUCGGCGACGACGAACUCGAGCCCCUGGAGUUGCUGGAACUCACCUGCGACCCGGAACUGGGCAGCAUUUAUUUGCACUGGCGGCAGCCGCCGUCGGCAGCUGUUCGUCUGGACCAUUUCUACAUCGUCGUGGAAGACACGGGCUCUGGCUUGAAACAGGAGUUCAGGGUCAAGGCGUCCUCGUCCACCGACAGCCACGAGCACAAGCUGAUGUUGAGGAACUUAUCCCUGCCAUACAUGGAACGCGUGGUGAUAAAAGCAGCCGCCAAAAGCCCGCCACAUUCGGAUCGAGUCCGAUUCGGCGCCGCUGUCGAGCGGAGCAUCGACGACCUUCCGCCGCCGUCGACGUCAUCCUCGACAUCGUCGACUGUCAGGUCAGACAGUGGCGCCCGAGUCGCGCCUUGUCGGUCCUCUCGCAGUCUCGGGGCUCGAGUCGGUUCCUCGUCGACGGCAACGACAUCUCUGUCGGCCCGGGCGCAACUCGCCAAUGCCUCCAAGAUGACUCUCAUGCUGCUCAUCGGUGCUGUUGUCUGCUCUUCAAUCAUGCUUGUUCUUCUCACCAUAUCGGCAUUCAUGUACAGGAGGUAUUUCCGACGAACUUCCGGGAAACAAAGUCAACGCAGACAGCCCUUGAUUAGAUACAGUCCAAUGCCUGAUGACUGGUGGGGUGAUCAACAGGCUUCCAACGGAAACAGCACUUCCAGCAACGGAAAGUCCUCAUCGUCUCCAUCUGGGAAUGAUAAUAAUGCUGGCAACACUCCGCUGCUCAGUGUUGCCAGCUUGUCGAAUCACAUUCAUAACCUGCGAACUGAGGGCAAUGCUGCGUUGAAAGCCGAGUUUCAGACCAUCAAAGCUGGAGCGAAUCCGUGUCGCAGUGUUUUAGAACUCAACAGUGGAAGCGGAAGCGGAAGCACGGGCAGUGGCAGCAAGUCUGGGUCCAGAUCCGGCAACAAGCGAGGCCGGAAGCGGUACAAGGGGGUCUACCUGGACGGGUGGCGUGAAAAGCAGGGGUUCUUGGUGAUCCCUCGCCCAGCUGUUCCGUCUGCUUCCGCAUCCUACGUCCCGUCCGACGCGGCGUUCUGGGCCCUGGUCGACACUGUCGCUGCCAGUCUGGUUGUCCAGUUCAAAGUAGCUGCCGACGAGUUCAUUGAUGACGAGCAGGAGUUGGCAGAAGCCCUGAGAGGCAGACCCAUGCCUCAUGUCACAAACUCUUCCUCUGACUCGUCUGGAAAGUCCCAUCAUCACGGGCAACACCAUCACCAGCACCAUCAUCAUCACCGCAACAGCUUGUGUUGGGAGAAAAUCAGCGAAGAAGAGGAAGAAGGCUCUUCGUGGAGCCGCCGUGUUUUCGUGUGCAGGUCUUCUUCGAACGAGGGGGCGUCCGUUUGUUUCGGGGCGGCGGCGGACGAAGAAAGCGGCGGCGGCAGUUUGCAUCCGCCGCCACAACCCGAGCAAAAGUAUUUGGAAAUUUGGCGCUUCAAUUUGUGCGACUCGGACCACGAUUUGUCUUCGCGGUUUGCCAAGUUCGUGGUGCGGUCUUUGCACGCAGUGCUGAGCUUGAGUGGACCCACUGUCAUCCAUUGCAGCCCAGGGGCAAGUCAGGCAGCAGGGUCCUUCGUGGCCCUCUGCGCCCUGCUGCGACAAGUGGCAGCGACGGGCGCCAUGAGUGUCAUGGCGUUCUGCAAGUACCUGCGACACGCCGACCCGCUCCUGCUGCAGGACGACGACCAGUACGCCUUCAUCCACGAUGCCCUGCACAUGGCCCUGCAGCAGGAGAAGUUCCUGACCAGCAUGCGAGGGCUGCAGCAUGCAGCAGGCGACGAAGGCCUGCAGCAGCAGCAGCAGCAGCAGCAUCAUCAGCAGCAGCAGUAUGCAUUGUUGCAUCAUCCUCACCUGCAGCAGCAACAGCAGCAGCAGCAGGUCAUGCUGCCAGCGUUUCAUAAUAUGCCACCGAUGCAGCAGCUGCACGGCGGUGCUGGGUCUUUGUUCGGGCAUCACCAGCUGGAGGACUAUGGUGCCAUCAGGCCCGUGGUCCAGCUCAGUUCUUUCCAGCAACACUACCUUCGCGACGGCGCCGUGGCGGCCGUCGUGUCCCUGGCGGCGCCGGCUAUCGGCGGCGUCGCGCCGCCCGACGUCAUCUUGUGA